CAGGUUAAAAUGAAAAUGUGAAUGAAAAAUGUCUCAAAAAGGAAGCAGGCAAGAAAAAACAAGCUCGCACAGCACCGAGCUUUACACCGAAGUCCCUUCAACGUGCCUGCCUAUUGUGUACUCUCCAGACUACAACAUUACCUUUAUGGGAUUUGAGAAGCUUCACCCUUUUGAUGCUGGGAAAUGGGGGAAGGUUAUUCGUUUUUUGAAAGAGGAACAGUUGAUCACAGAUGGAAACAUUGUGGCAGCACGAGAGGCUGCGGAGGAAGAUCUUCUGGUUGUCCACACGAGACGUUAUCUAAACAAACUCAAGAACCAUAUCUUGGAAGGCUCACGAGAGUGGUCGAUUGUAGUGGCUACGAUCACAGAAAUUCCGCCUCUCCUGUUUCUGCCGAACUUCCUGGUGCAGAGGAAAGUGCUUCGACCUCUGAGGACUCAGACUGGUGGAACAAUCAUGGCAGGAAAGCUCGCUAUUGACAGAGGAUGGGCAAUAAAUGUGGGAGGAGGUUUCCAUCAUUGUUCCAGUGAUAAAGGCGGUGGGUUUUGUGCCUAUGCUGAUAUUACCCUAGCUAUUAAGUUCCUGUUUGAGAGAGUGGAAGGGGUAUCCAAGGCUACAAUUAUUGAUCUGGAUGCACAUCAGGGCAAUGGACAUGAGAGAGAUUUCUUGGAUGACAACAGGGUCUACAUAAUGGAUGCCUACAAUAGAUACAUAUAUCCUGGGGAUGGAUAUGCAAAACGAGCAAUAAAGAGAAAGGUUGAGCUUGACUGGGGCACCGAGGACCCAGAAUAUCUGCAAAAGGUUGAGCUUCACGUGGAGGGAGCGCUGAACGAAAUGAGACCUGACAUCGUCGUCUACAACGCAGGCACUGAUAUCCUGGAUGGAGAUCCACUGGGGGGUCUUGCUAUUUCGCCUCAGGGCAUUAUUAAAAGGGAUGAAAUCAUAUUCAAGGCGGCGCGUGGAAGGCAGAUACCGAUCCUCAUGGUGACCUCCGGGGGAUAUCAGAAGAGGACAGCACGGAUAAUAGCUGAUUCCAUAAUUAACUUGAAUAAUCAAGGUCUGGUGGACUGCGACUGUGCUGCACGUGAAGCAGGGCCUUCACACGUUCCCCUGAUGAUGAGCCAAUCUGUUUCUGCUGGCACUUAGCUCUCCAGCAACUGACGCUCCUACCCUUCUGCUUUCCUUUUGAAUUUCCCUUGACGUAUAUGUUGGCUACUUAACUUUAGACUGAGUUCAAAAUCUUCUAUUUAUAUUGUGGCAUAUCCUCUUAAAGUUUUCCAUGUCAAAUCCACACUUUUAAUUUCACUCAUAGUAGUUCUGGAGAGAAUUGUACAGCUUCUUGACUGAGCUUUUUUUUUUCUCCAAAAAUGAUUUACUAUUUGUAUUGUUCAAUGGUACUAGAUACUUCUGCUCACAUGAGUAGUUGUACAAUAAUUAUGGCGUUGAUUUUGUACUGCCUUUUGACCUCCGUGCUCUUUGUUGUGACUUUGAAUGUGAAUGAUGACCUGAAAUGUGAUUGAAGAAACACAUGGAAGAAUGAAAUGUGAGGGAAGAAACUGCUUGCUCUGAGCAUUAAAAAAAAAAAUAUGGGUUACCACAUCUGUAUUUGAUUUCAAUAAGUGUGUGAAGACACUGGGAAGAAAAGAUAGUGAUAUCACUCAUUUAAUGCAUAAAGACUGUAUAGCAAACAGCAAAAAUGUUUUUAAUUUGUUUCAUAUACAGUAUAUCUGCAGUAUAGCUUUAUAGGACAUACAACAGUACAAACGUGUACUUUUAUGUACUGUAUAACUGUUAACUGCACCCUAAACUGCAGACAUUGUGUUUUACUCAUGUCAGAGAAUAAUAGUGCAGUCGGUCAGUCUAACCAACCCCCGUUUAACGAAUGUUUCUGACCUCCUCAGAGAAACCAUGAUAACAUCAUCACUAGCAUUUUCAAACCAGUUAGGAAGAAAACUACAGAAAACUGUUAUGUGACCUGUUAAGUGAUCUUUCAGUUUUGAGAUAAUAGCAGAUUCAUUUUUCCUUUAACAUUGUGUGAUUCCAAAUGAGUAGAAACAAGUCCAUUUUUCCCAUUUUAGGAAAUCAAUUCUUUUUUUUUUUUAGCGUGACUAAUGCAAUAUGCAGAAAACCAUAUGUGUAUACUCUCACAUAUUACAUAUUAACAUCAUAAAUUAGAUGACAUUGCCCACGGUCUUAUGUUUUUCGAAGUCUUAAAGUAAGAAAUAAUAAACUAGACAACAUUAAAAAGAGCAAGAAAACUCACAUGAGAAGGGAGAACAUCAAGGGGAAAUGAGUGAAAAUAAUAUAAAAUGCUGCUGCAUUAACUUGAUUAAUCUUGUAGAUCAUGUUGUGUAAUGGUACAAAAUCUCGUUUUAAAUACACUACAAUGAAGUACUGUAUAAAGCCACAGGAGACUUGGAAACUUAAGUCUUUCACUCAUAGAAUAUUCCUCAAAUUCAGUUAGAGUGAGCAUAUUUAACAGAUUUUCAUAACAUGCAAUUUCUGAAAGAUAUAAUUUGUAAUAUGCCUUUUUACAUGAUGUGAUAAAAAAACCAUGAUAUGCUACACAUGUCUCGAAAGGCACGUGUAGAAAGGUGAAUUUAGUCUGGUUUCUUGUAAUGGUACAAUAAAGAUGGUGUACAUUUUUCAGUCUGCUUUUAUCAAAAGGACAUGUAUUUCAACAAUUCAAAUAUUGUAAGGAACAACGUCUUAUAUUCUGUGCCCUAGUGAACUGGGCUACUCAUUUGUGUAGCAAGUUUGCAUUGAACAAAGUAACCUGAAUUCCCAUCGAAGACAAUUUGUUAAAUUAAUGUUAUGGUUAAGUAUUGUAUUAAACACUAUCUUUGCUAGUGAAGCUUAUUUAUUUACCUUAUUUUUUUAAAUGAACACUAUUCCAACACAAAACCCCAAAACUAGAACUUGUAUAGAUUUUAUAUGAAUUAUUUUUCUUUAUUUUUUUCCUGAACCGUUAUUCAUAUAGAGUGGCGUUCUCAUUCUGUUUACAUUUAAUAGCCCCUUUUGUAGUAAAAAUGAAAGUCCUCGAUUACUUUAAAGAAAAUGAAACGUACAUUAAAAGGCUAUUAACAUGCAUUUUUGUGAACUAACCUUUAGAUUGAGCCAGGAUGUUCAUAAUGGCUAUUAUCAGUUUAAGAGCAAAUAUACUGUAAGUGACAAUCAAUAUUGUUUCACAAAUGCAGUUGCUUAAAAAAAGCUUAGUAGCUUCUUGGAACGAUACCAAAUUACUUACUGACUUGCAAAAAGAUGCCUAAAAAGAUUUUAUCAAUUUGGUCCUCUGCGCCAUCAGUUUACUGUCAUAAAAAUGAGUAUAAUUUGGUCUAUAUACUGAAUAGAUCUUGUAACUGUGCUGCUCAGUUGUUAAAUCUGACCCUCAUUUGUGGGUUUUUCAUUGAAUGGCUGUAAAUGUGAUCUCUGUAAACCCACUGUUGCUUCAUUAUUACCUUUUAGGGCAUGACGGCUUAGUUUAAUGAUAUGUCUGCCUUCAUUAUAGAAGCAGACGAUAUCAACCAAGUGGAAUAACAUUUAAUUUCUUGGUAUCUUUUAAACCAUGCACAUCUAAUGUAAUAGAGUAAAUUUGAAACUUGCAGUACAGUAGUUUAUCUUAUAAAUGAAAGCUUUACAGUUAUAUAAUGCUUUUUAACCAAUUGUAUUUAUUUUAAUUUACAAAUUUGUGUUCCAAUGAGAAUGAGUACACCUCUGUUGAAUUGCAUUUGAGUUCUGUUUCUUAAUCUUAUUUACUUACAGAAACACUCAUUUUAUCUUCCUGAUGAAAAUAUGUCAGAAAAACUCAAAAUGGAUUUUUGUCUUGUGGAACUUUAGAAAUGAGCAGACACCCCUUGAAACAUCUCUUCCUUGAAAUAGUUGCUUUCUAAAAUAGAUUUUAGUAGUAGUUUACUAGAUUAAAAAGUUUUCCUCACUAGAACAUCUUAGUAUCCUGUACAGAAACAUGCUGCAUUUCAAACAUAAGUUUCAGGUACCCUGGGAUGUUGGUACUUUAUAAAGUAUUGCAAAUGAUUUGUUUUGGAAAAGAAACGUAGAGAGUGGAGGUGAAAUGUGAAGUUAAAUCAAACAAAUAUUAGAAAAGGAAAAAAUGAAAAAUACUGUAGUUAAUUCAGUCUUCCAGUUAAUUUGAUCCUUGAUAGUGUUGUAUACCCAAUUGGACUCAGUAUCAUAAUCUGUCCAAAGAUACAAUUUUUGGACUGCAUAUUUGUAUCUGAGAUAAUUAGAGAUUAAAAUCCUAAAAAAGUUUUCAGUUGAUACCAUGGCUCAAUAAUGAUGAUUUAAUUAUUCAUUUUUUAAAUAAAGUAGCCCUUUGUAACAAUGAUAGUGUUAAUUAGUAACUCUGAUGUACAAAUGUUCCAUUUGAAUAAAGAUUGCAGGAUCAGCAAAUGUUAAUUGCAGUCCUAGUUUGGGACUUCUGAGAAAUUAACUGUGGUUCUGAGAUUUGGGGGUUUGAAGCUUUUAUACUUGUAUGUAACUGAUGUGAAUUUCUUUAAAAGUAAUUAAUAUUGUGUAUAUUGAGAUCAAUAUUAUAUAACAGAGGUGCCAAACCAAUAUACUUUUUGUAACCUUUGCGACAGUUUCCUUAGUUGUUCACUUUCUGUGGUUGACAUGUAAUAUAUUACAUUAAUAUAUUAAAAUAUAUAAUGUUUUAAAACCA